UUACAAGCGGUAAGUCUAGAGGAAGUCCGAUGUGUGUUUCCCACUUCCGGGUGAUGCAGAAUGGCAGAUGCCGCUAAAUAUCAGAAAUUAGCAUCAGAAUAUGCCAAGUUAAAAGCCCAAAUACCUGUUUUGAAGAAGGCUUAUCUGGACGAGCAAGGCACAAGUAACGAUUAUAAGGAUCAAAUUAAAGAGAGGGAUCAGGCACUACGAAAAUAUGAACAGGAAGUCGACAGUUUAUCAUUCAGAAACCAACAGCUUUCCAAACGCGUCCUUUUUCUCCAGGAAGAACUGGACACCGUAGAAGCAACAAAAAAGAAAAAGAUAUUUGGGAGAGCAAGGAACAGAAAUGCAGAGCCAUCAACAGCUGCCCCAAUGCCUGAAUCACCGGGGGUGUACAGCGAAGAACUCUUCAGCAAGAUCCAGGAGAACGAGCGGUUACACAAACAGGUAGAUGACAGUUAUCGUCAGUACCAGGCUCGGAUACAGGAGCUGGAAACCAGGCUAGAGUUCUAUGAGAAAGAAUGCAACCAGCAUCAGCAGGUGCUCCAGUCCACACUACAGAAGAGCAAGGACCAGAUAGACAAAUUGCAACAAGAAAAGGCCAUGGUAGAGGUUAAACUGCAAAAAUUGGAAUCUGAUGUGAAAAGUUACCGAUCCAGAGCUGAAUUAUCUGAAGAAAAACUGGACGGUGUUCAGUCCCGUCUUCAAGGUGAUCUACAACAGGCUAGAAAAAUAAUUGCUGACAAACUACCCUUCAUAGAUACAAAGCACCGAGACUUAAAUUGCCUGAACCUGCCUACCCAUGAUAGGAAGCACCAACUACGAGCACGAGAACUGGUGAACCAAUCAGUGAACCACCUGUCAGAACUGGUUCAGGCUCUGUCCAACUUCUACACCUACUCAGAACAGAGGUCCAAAAUAUACCCCAUUGAUGGACUUAGUGAACCUUUAAGUUCCAUCAAUCUACUGUAUUGUAAAUACCUUCACGAGAAUGUGAGCUACCUGCGCCCCUGUGAGCAAGCUCUGCGUUCUUUCCUCGGUACUUUUAAUGAGGAUUCUUUAACAACUCUUGAAACUGCUACAGAUUUACUGGUGUUUUCAAAGAAUUUUAGAUGUCUCGUGGCUUACAUGAACAAACUUUUGCCUUAUCAGCUGGCUAGUAUAGAGGAGGAAUGCGCCGUCUCGUCCUGCACCUCGACGUUGGAAAAUAAAAACAUGGAUCUCCAUCGUUCCCUCAAACAUCUCACCUCCGUGUUCAACAAACUCGACACGUACAUCGCUCUACUAGCCACCCAAAGUCAGAAUCACUGCCAUUACCCACAUCAAAACCACUUCUCAUUCUUUGUGUGUUUGUCAAAAGUUCUACAGGAUUUAGAUACAUCAGUCAGAGAUGUGUCAAAACAUUACAAUUCUAAAGUAUCUUUGGAACAUCAGCUACCCACGGCAACACAAAAGCUUAAGACAACAGACGAAUGUAUCGUAUCAUCACUGAUCUCCAUGGUUACCUGUACAGGAAAGGUUUCAGCAUUCUUUGCCGGUAACCUCGACUUCUUUAAGGAAAACCCGGGUUACAGAACCCGUGGAAGCAGUAUAGGGACAGACACCAGUAUGGAGGGACCACGCUCCAGCCCAGCUACCGUCUGCUUCAGACAGAAGGCAGCAACCUACCUGUCACACCUGUCUGCGCCCUGCCCCGAGACUGUUCCCCAUAGAGUGGCUGUUCAGAACCGGAAGGUAUUGCUCAGCUCAACAGAGAGUCGUGAGGGAUUGUCCAAACAGCUUACGACAGCCCAGACACGAGUCAACAAACUGGAACAGGAAAAGGAACACUGGAUGUUAGAGCUACAACUACUGCAGAUAAAACACGACAAGGAAACGGAGAAAGUGCAGAAGCUUGAGAAAGACCUAGCCGGCAGGCUUGCCUCUGGAGCCCACAGAGACUCCAUUGAAGACAAUAUCACUAAAGAGCCGUCAUCCAGGACCUGGUCACUAGAUGCCGUCGUACCUCUGAAUCCCGAAGCUAAGGCUGCCAUGUUUGGUAAGUUAGACAUGGCGUCUACUAGCUCCAGUGAUGCAGAGACAAGGGAGGUCCUGAUCAAAAAUCACUUCACCAACAGAAUUAAUGAGCAAGCACUACAACUACAGCUGGUGGAGAGUAAAGCAGUCAACUUUCACUCAGAGGUGCGAGCAUUACACAAACAAUUACAGAUCGCGGAGAAAUCCAAAACUCGGUGUGAAGAGGAGCUUAAAGAUUCUUCACAAUUCCUUGCCCAACUGAAGGAUGAACUGCAGACAACAACAAAAAGUUACGAGGGUCAACUAAGUAUGAUGAGCGAACACUUGGCCAGCAUGAACGAGAAGCUUGCCGAGCAGAAAGAUGAAAUAGAUGAACUAAAGGCACAAAAAGUACCACAGCCAAAGGAGAAAAAGAAAUUCAGAAAAUGAUGAAAAACUUUUAGUGUUGAUAAUUAAAGAAAGUGAAGAUGGCUGACGAGACUGAUGACUAUGAGGCUUGUUUUCUGUGAUCCAGUGAUCGAUGCAAGACAUAUUAUUCCUUUGUGUUCAAAGUUGGAACAUUCUCCACUUUAAUUGAAUUAUGCAUGCACAAUUUCUAAAUCUGAAAAGUGUCUACUGGUAAACAGUGUUGCUGAUGAGAGUCGACAGCACAAGGAAUAUAUUUCAUUGUGAUCUUUAUCACAAGAAAACUUUCGUAUUACUUUCCGGAAAUAUGGUACAGAUGUAUAUAAUAUAAUGUUAAGAUUUUCCAGAAAUGUAGUGUUUAGGGUCAAAUGUGUUUGAGUCUUCAGAUAGGAAGAACCGAUACAGUAUAUAUUUAUAUAUGGGUUCUCUAACAAGUGAUAAUUGCUUUUCAUGUUUAUCUAACUCAAGUAAGUUGAUUUUCAAAUUAUUUUUGACACAAGUUUUAUCAAGUGUCUUUCAUAAUUUGAAAAUUAACCAUGUGAGUUGGAUGAACAUGAUAAUCAACCAUCACAAGUUUUGGGGAUCUUUUUUCUCCCACAUCAUUCAGAUAUUAUCUAUAUGUAGAAACAACACAUUUUUCUUGAGAAUUCGUUAUUCCUGUUUCCGAUCAGUGAAACAAUUGCCAUAAACUAUGAUGUCUUAUAGAAAGUAAUGUGACGCCAUAAUUAGAAGAUUGUCCUAUGAUAUAUAACAUCCAUAGUGUGUAACCAAAAAUGUUUACCAACUCCUAGCAGGUUUAUCCAAUGAGUGGGGAGUGAGGAAACCUACAUAUAUAGUGGUUGUGGGAGUGAGGAAACCUUUAGUGGUUGUGUGAGGAAUAUGUAUUGGGAACAGUCUGUUACAGUGGUAGGUUGUAUAACGUGUUGUUUUUGUUGUCACAUAUUAUCCAUUUAUUCUGACGUAAAACUGGAGGUCAAUCCAGUUAGAUAACAAUUUUUAGGGCAUUUCUAUGUCGAUUCGGACACAUUCAUUUCUGAAAUGGCAGGCUAGAUGACAUGGAAACUGCUGUGUUAUCAUCAGGUGACGACAAGUAUUUUGUUACUGUAAAAUCACUCCUAUUUGUGGUGUUUAUAAUUUUGUUUAUUCCAUGGGUACUCUUUAUCCAUGUAUUCAUACAUAUAUGUCUAAGUAUCUUUUAUUCAUACAAAAUCAUGUUAAUGCAAACACAUCACAUGCAUACAUUGUUACUGUAUUUCUCAACGUAGAUCCAGAAAUUUAGAAAUUUGAAUUCAUAACAUCGGCAGCUAUAUUUGUCACUUUUAAAAUGGGUUGGAUUAAACAUUUACGAUGAUAUUUUUGAAUUUGUGAAUGACUCCCAUGGUUAGCACUGAUAUGUGUCUUAUGAUGCAUAAAUUAAUUUAAUGUAGUCAGACAAUUACUAGUCGUGAAAUGGAUUAAGAGAGAUCAAGUCAAUAUUUUCUCUAACCUCAGACAGAGAUAUCCCACAUGCACCAUACUACCUUGUGCUAGAUUUUUCUGUCUCCUACAAUCUGUCUGGUACCUUCGUGUGACAUUUGUCUCAAAAUUUCAUAUACCGGUAGUGAAUUCAUGUUCAUCUGCAUAUAAAACACUUUUUUCAACCCACAAUUAAAAUAUUCUAAUUUGUCAUUAAAUGUGUAAUAUUACAUCGUUAAAUGUUAUCUAUAAUGUGAAACAUGUUUUUUUUUCUUUUCUUAGCACAUUCUAUAUGAUUUUUUGCAGAAACAUAACUAUAAGUCGUGCUUAGGGCAUUUUAAUUUGAGGCCCAAGACAGGAUACCUAACAUAAACUAUACUGAAACUAAAUGGGUUUUUUAACUAAUUUCAUGCAAAAGAAAUCCUGUAGCUGAGUAAAAUCAGGUUGCAUGUAUCUCAGACUAUCUACUGCUCCAUCAUUAGCCUCGAAGCCUUAAACGAUCGUGAAGUUAAAGACAUUUAACUACUUAUGUGUACCCGGUAAGAUUUUUAACAAUUUCUCUGCUUAAGUUUUUUAAUAGGAAAGCAUUAAUGAAGUUAAUAGAAAUGUUCAUCAGAUUUUUUUAACUCUUUUGUGUCUUCCCAUGGAAAAAAACUUUUAUUUCCCUUAAAAAAACACAUGAAACUUUGGCCUUUUGAGUUCCUUAUCCAUACAGAUAUUGUAUAUAACCCACAUCUAGCAGUCAGUCAGUUAGGAAUUCAUGUCAUCAGGGCUUUUCUCAUUUGCAUAAUACAAAUAUGUAAGGAACCUUGUUUAUUUUGAAAGAAUUUGAUGUGUGACUGGUCAUAUGCUAUCAUUGGUGUUUAGUGGUUUGUAUGCUUGAAUACAUGGUAUAUAUGUGUAAGACCUUAGUUUGCUAAAACUGACCAUGCACCCCUUGCAUGAUUGAAAAACAAGUUCCUGCUAUAAAAAAAGAUACCUUACUGAUAUGCUACACGCACAUAAAAUCCCAAAAAAGGCUACGCAAAUAGUCCUGUGAAUAUGGUCAUUGGACAAGGGAAAUGAAAAAUUAACUGCUUGCUUCACCAAACCCUACUGCACAGGGACCUCAUAAUUUAAAUUGUUACAGCUAUGUUUAGACCUAAACUAAUUAAGGUGUUCAGAGUAAUUUUACAUGUUUUAGGUGUUAAGACAGACUUUCGGUAAAAAUCACACCCUCAAUGAUACGGAAAGUCGAUAUAAACUCCUAAAACAUGUAAAAUUACUCUGAACACCUAAGUUUAGGCCCAAAUAUAGCUGUAACAAAUUCUCAGGUCCCUGUGCACCAAACCACCCGGUAUGGAGGAAAUCAUUCUAUUUAUGUAACUAUUGAGUUUUACCUGGACAAGGUAUCUGUGAUAUGUAUUGUAUAUAUACCAAAUAAAGAAGACACUGCAGU